CCCAAAUGCAAAUGUAUGCGUCGAACAUCAAUCGAUUUGAUGCAGGGAUUUACAUUAUAUUGCCAAAAGUUUUGGGGCACCCCUUCAGAUCAUUGGAUUCAGGUGUUCCAAUCACCUCCAUGGCCACAGAUAUAUAACAUCAAGCACCUAGGCAUGCAGACUGCUUCUAUACACAUUUGUGAAAAGAUGGGUCGCUCUCAGGAGCUCAGUGAAUUCAAGCGAAGUACCGUGAUAGGUUGCCACCUGUGCAAUAAGUCCAUCCAUGAAAUUUCCUUGCUACUAAAUAUUCAACUGUUAGUGGUAUUAUAACAAAGUGGAAACAACAGGGAACAUCAGCAACUCAGCCACGAAGUGAUAGGCCACGUAAAAUGACAGAGGCUUAGCGCAUGCUGAAGUGCACAGAAGUCACCAACUGUCUGCA